AUGUACAAGCAGCUCCCUGGCAACCUGAGGAUGGAGCCCUCCCUCAGCAAGAAGGACGACUGCGUCCUGACGCGCGAGGUGCGCUUGGGCCUGGCAUCCGACUGCCAGAGGAACCGCUCCAGCUUCUUCAGCGUCAAGCACAGCAAGAACUGGAAGGAGGAAGUCGAGACGAAGAUCAAGGAGCGCGCCCAGUCGGCCACCCACGUCAAGUCCGUGGAGGCGUACAAGAGUCUUGAUAGCGUUGUCUCGCCCUGUGCCCUGGCGAUAUCGACCGCUGCCAACGCUUGCAUUUCGCAGACCCACGUCUGGGGUGCACCGGUGCCCUUCGGCUCGGCCGCGGUCGCCAAACGGGCCUUGAAUUUGCGGCCACGGGGCGUGAUCUUCGUCGAUUACGGCGAGGAGGGGGAACCUUCGCAUGAGCGUAUGAUCUUGGCGUUCGUCACAGCUGCCACAUACAUCAUCGGGGCGCCUGAUAGGGACGCGCACAAGGAGACGUUCGACUCGACCAACGUGGCGGACUUCAGGCAGGCGGGCCCGAGAGGAAGUCUUCCCGCUGGUCUUGGGGCGGCGCGCGGGAAGCCGAUGUUCCGCUUCAGCGACAAGGCUGAGGCGGAGGAGUUCGACGACCUUCGGAGGGAAGCGGCCUCUCUGGCGGCCAAGACGCGCGAGGAGCGGGGCCUGCCGCUGGAGGAGCCAGGUCCGGAGCCGGGCAGGUUCGCAAAAUGCAAGGUGUUGUCUCUGCCAGACGUGUUGGAAACGACCUCGGAGCUGUUCGCGGGCAUUGGCAAGUACGGGGUGUACGAUGCCGGCCGCAAAGGGCAGAACUCCAUCAUGCUUCGCCUGAAGGACGGGGAGGACCCGGAGGAGGCGACGCAGGCGUUUGCGGGCCAAGUUUCGCCCGCAUCGGCGGUUUCGGGGGGCAGGACUCCGUUUGCACCCGUGGAGGACGCGAGGACUCUCUCCAUCUUGCGGGAGCCGGCGGGGCAGAGGUGCAGGACGAUGCGGAGCGUGGACGACAGUUCGGAAAAGAGGCAGUUCGACGACUGGGUGCUGUCGGGGCCUCGGACUACUCUCUACGUUUUCUCGGAGAUCGCCGCGACGAGCGGCGGCCCCGCGCAGCGGCACGCGACUUGGAAGCAUGACAUCAAGCGGAACGAUGACGAGCACAGCGUCGCGACCCAUGAGAUGCUGUCGGAGAUCCUCGGGUCGACGUGCACCCACGACCAGGUGGACGCCGCCAACCUCGCAAGCCUGGAGGCGCCGGCCCGCCACAUGCAGUUCAUAGAGCACAAGGUGAAGAAGAAGAAGAAGAAGAAGAAAGAGGCGGGCAAGAACUUCGACCCGCAGGACUACUACCUGGGCAGGGCGCGACCGACGGGAGGGGCGAUUGCGAGCCCGGAGCUGCUGAAGUGGGUGGCCGAGUCGGCGGCCAGGGCGCAGUUUUCAGCUGCGGAUAUGACCUGGCGCGCGGUCGCGAAGGACAAGCCGCCGGAGGCGCCCCCCAGCCCUGAGGCAGCCCUGACGGAGUUGCUCGGCUCGGCGUUCGACGGCGAGAGUUCGCCAUUACUUUGUGCCGACGAGGUCCGCCCGGGAGCCGCCGAGGUCCAUUGGGGGAAGAUUUCGCGCAACAACAGGAACGAGCGCGCGGCUUUCGCGCGGGGCCUGCCCAGGCGGGACGCGGGCGAGCCGCGCACCCGUCGCGAUUUUGAAGUGGGCGUCUUCUUCGCGAAGCGGGGCGAGCUGGGGCUGAUCGCGGGCGCGAGGGCGAUCAGCCAGGCUCUGAAGCGGCCCACCUCUACCCACUCGGCGCCCAGGGCGGAGGUGGCGGGGCUGGGGGCGGAACCAAGCGACCAGUUGGAGCUCUCUAUCCAGGACGUCGCAGACUGCUCCUACCAGUUCAGGGCGCCAGACAACGCGGCGCCGCGGUUCGGCACGCGGCCGCUGCGCGCCCGCGAGCUGGAGCUGAAGGAGGCGCGGGGCAGCGCGGCGGCAGCUGGGGCCUGGGCCCAUCCGCUUCUCAAGGCGCCGCCAAUGGGGUUCUCGCGGGCCGCGCGCUGGACUCAGCUAGCACAUCGGCAGCUUCUGCGACGAGGAGGGAUCGGGGGCAUCGAGGGCGAGCCGGUGGAUCGCCAAGCGGCGCCGGAAGUGUCGGCCAAGCCCGCGCCGCGCGCGGUGCACGUAGACAACGAGACGCUUGGGUCGUCGGCGGCUGGGGGCGCGAAGUCGGCGCGCGGGCAGGCCGCGAAGGCGGCGGCAGCGGCGAGGCCCCCCUUGCACGAAGUGGAGGAAGGCCAGGCCGCGGUGGAGGCGCUGGGGCUGGAGCUGGACGGCGUCUGGCCUUGGGCGCGCCAGGCUAAGGCGAAGCGCUGGCGGCGGCUGCCAGGCGCGCGAGCGCUGCUGAGGCGACGGAGAGUGGCGGGCCCGGAGGUGGAGAAGCUGAUAGGCCAUUUCACGCACGCGACGCCGUUGAAUAGGCCCGCCCCGAGCGCCUCCAGGUCGGCGCGCGACUUCGCGAGGCGCCACUACCCGAAGCCAGCCUUCCUGUGGCCAUCGGUGCGGAAGGAGCUCGUCAAUGCCAUGAGCCUGCUGCUGCUGCCCCUGGUUGAGUUCAGCCUGUCGCGGUCCGUAGCGGCGACCUGCUCGGGCGCCACGCCGAUGGGGCCGCGCCGCGCAGGCCCCCCGAUGGGUUCGGCGCGGCUGGGCGAGCAAGAGGUCUCGGGCGGGAACUUCUUGGGUGGCAUCUUGGGACUCGACCUGGGCCUCGACAAGUAUGCGAUGAAGACGGCGGGAAUCUCGGAGAACUCGCCGCAGCUCAUCUUGGACCUCCCUGCGCGCCUAAUCUCGGGCGCCUGCGGGAAGUCUCGGGGCCUCAGGGGGCGGAGUGUGCGAUGGGUUGCCAGCGAGCUGAAUCCUUCGGGUGAGCCGAGAAAGCGGCUGCUGCUGCGCUGGGGGCCUAGCGGCGGGAGGCAGCCGAAGGGCGCUCGAGCGCCGGGCGCGAAGGCUGGCGCGCGCGCGCCUGGCAGCCCGCCGCGGGUGGAGGCGCCGACAGGGCGCGACCGCGCCUGGGUCGCCCCUGGCGGAGCGGGCACCGCAGUGGCUCGGCAGCUCGCUAGGCCGCGAGGCGCCGGCGGGGACGCAGAGUGCGGCGCGGGCGCUUUCGCCGCGCCCUUCGCGCAGAGCGGGGGCGGGCCAGGAGUGCUGGACCGAGCCGCGGCGCCCUUCAUCGACGAGGCGUCGCCGACCCCCUGCGCCCCAGAGCGACCGCCCCCAGCAGCCGCCCCUCGCGGACGCACGGGAUCGGGCCAAGGACCGCUCGAGGGACCUGGUGGUCUCACCACGCCGCUGGAGGAGGGGGGCGUCACGCUCAAGACCAAGCAGGACUACCAGAGGAGGCUGGCGCGGUUCAACGAUUUCUGCAGGACGCACGGGCUCGGGACGGGGAGCGACGCCUAUCUCGAGGAGGCGCCGGUGGAGCACGUGGACUCGCUGUUCAGCGAAGAGGAGCCGUCCAACAGCGGGGCCAAGCUGCGGUUGAUGCCUCCCGUGACGCGGGCUCCCGCGCCUUUGGCAGCGGUGGCCGCCGUCGCCCUGGCCCCGGUCAGCCGCGGGCUGAGGCGCGCCGCGCUCGGGGCGACGCUGGCGGCCGACGCGCGCCCGCGGCCCCGCGAGCUGCCGUCGCCGCGGGCCACCCACGCGGCCCCCGCCCAGCCGCUCGCGGGCGGCGACUUCCGCCCCACGUCGCUGGCGUCGAGGCCCGAGGAGGGGAGCGCGGCAACCAAGACGAAGAGGUUCAACGACUCGAUCGGCCUUGGAUCGAAGGGUAUGUCGCGCGCCUUGAAGCGUUACGGAUGGGACAACGAAGCGUUUGAGAUCCGCGGCGCCGUUGAUCAGUCGGGGCGUUUGGGCGGCGGCAAGCUGAUGACGCAGGUGGACUACGAGACUCUCAAGGGUGACGCCGUUGAGUCCAAGUUCCCGCUGCUGUUCCGCGAGCCUUUGGCACACCGUGACCGCAAGGAGCAGGAGCAAGAGCGGGAGCGGGGGUGGUCAUGA